UGCAUCUGUCAAACUAUAGUGUCACAUUAAAAUGAAUUGAAAUGAAACUGCACUAGUUAGGUUAGGUAAGUUAGGAGUACAGGGUAAUAUAGAUAAAGCCUCCAGCUGAAGAUGGUGUCCAAGUUCCAUAUUAAGUGCAAGUGAAUAAUUACAACUCUAAUUUUAUUUCAUACUAGGGAUGUGCUGAUCCAAAACUCAGCAUCAGUAUCGGUCAAAUAUUAGACAAAAUCACUGGAUUGCAGAAAAUAAAAUUAUAAUCUGACACAACCAAUUAGCCUAAACUAUUACAUGAAGGCUUAACUGUACUUUGGGUUAUGUAUUUCUUCCUUCAUGUGAGUAGAAUAUUUGUUUCACAGUUUAAGCAUUAUGUUUUUUAGAUGGCUAGGUUACACAAAGUGCAUCCAUACAAAUGUAUUAUUAACAGUUUAGUUGUUUAAGAGAGGGGAAAAGAGGGUAUCGGUAUCAGACAUGAAAUACUAUUAACGCUCUAAAGUACUUGAGCUAAUUGUUUAUUUAUAGUCAGUGACAAUCAGUUCCAAAUACAACAGAGACCCCUUUGUUUGUAAGACAAUGAUAUUGUAUGUGGAUAUCUCCUCCUCUGUGGACAAAGUUCUUUACAUGUACUCCGCUCCAUUAAAGUUGCUUUCCUGUAGGGUAAUGUAUAGUCGUUGGCUAAGGAACAUAUGGCUCACCGCUACAUUUGGGUACUUUGACGACCCAAUGCAUGGAAGCUCCAGACCACAGUUACCAUGGAAAAGUUAAAUUAGAAAAAAUCAUGAAUAAAUAUACUUUUUGUGGUAUCUUCUUAAAUGUAUAGAUACAGUGUAUAAUAUGCAUGGUUGCAUGGAACUCAAUCAAGUUAAAUCAUUUUAUAUUAUGUCUUCAUGAUCCGCAUCACGCUGUGAAGCUAAAGCCUUUUUCAUGGAGGACAUCUUGACAUGUCACAGAAUGAAAAGCGCAGGUGUACAUAAUAAGAUUAUUGAUGGCUGAGGUCCAUUUAGCUGCUUCAGUGUCAGGGUCCUGUUACUGUUUAUGCUGGCUCCCUGUGACAUUGUCAUGGCUUACGGACAGACAGAGUGUCAUCAGGUACACCUGUGCAUUUCUUGCUAUGACAAGUAAAAAAAAAAAAAGUCUGCUAUGAAAAAGGUGUAGUGACAAGAGUGCACUUCUGUUAAUUACCCCUGAAAACUGCUCAUAUGCAACUGUCACAACAGAGCUAUGUGCUCUCAUCCGUGUCUGUCUCUCUGCCUUUUAUUUUGUGCAGCUCUUGCCAACGACCAACAGCCAGAUUUACUCUUGUCCGACGGGCCUCUUGCUCGGUCACUCUCUGCUUUUCUCUUCUUAGGGUCCUCCGUCAACAUCCCCCUCCCUGGCAGAGUGUCACUGAUCUACUCAUCGAUGGCUCAGUAUGGGUGCUAUUUCUGAAAAUAUUGAACUAUUCCUUUAACUGUGUCUUCUUUCUACAGUUUGGAGAUGUAAGGGAAAAGCAGACAUUCAUGGUUUUGUCAUUUGUUAGAUGUUAAUGUUGUAACUACUGUUUAUUGUAUGAAGUGUAAGUGCACAAGUUGUUGACUGUGUGUCCUUUUUUGAAUAUAGACCCCAUGAAGACUAGGUGUUGCCAGGGCAACAACUAAUGGGGAUCACAACAAACAAACACAUCACCAUAGUAACCCUCUGUCAACAUUCUGUUCACUUCCACAAACAGCAAUGUUUCAUCUAAAAUAUGACUGACAUCAAGCAAAUGUCUAACAUGACAAUAUAUACAUUGUCAGAUAAAUCUCAGAAACAAUGUGCUACAUAUGCUAAUAUUCCUUUCUGCGUAGCUACAGUUGUUUGCAUAUUGACUUUCCGUUCUGGCUGUUCAGGUCAAUUUACAUUGGUUUUCUUGGUUUCCUAUAAAGGACUCUCACAGUCUAAAGCUCAAAAGACCAGAGCACACGCAGAGAGGCACAACUUCCUUUUGAAAUUUUCAAUUCUCUAAACCACCAAUGGAACGUACACUCAUAAAUCUGAGUGAGCAGGCUUUCCUAUUAAUCAACGGUCCUCUCAUCUUCCUCAACCUCACUGCGAAUAUUUUCUACGCAUGUUGCUUGAUCUUCCCAACAUGCAACAGACAAAGGUUCAAGCAGCCUUUAAAUAUUCUACUGGGAUAUCUUGUCUGGUGCACAAUUUUUUAUUUUAUCUCUUUGAUGUUGGUGGGUGGCGUGAUUAACUACGUUGGUGACUUUAACGUGUCUGUUGUGUCGUGGAUGAUUUUGAGUUGCUACGUGCAUUGCAGCAUGACGUGUUCUGUUUGGCUGAACUUCUACUACUACAUCCAGAUUGUCCCUUCACAGCGAGCUCUUUUGAUCUGGGUAAAGAGGAACCUCAGGUCCAUCACCUGCGUGGCUUUGUUCCUUGAUGCAAUACUUUUUUGUUUUGAUGGUGUCAUCAAUAUUGUACAUCUGACCACCUCCAGUGGGUUCACCGAUAUCAAUGAUACAUGGACUGACAAUCACAUUGAGGAACUGUACUUGUCAAGCCAAGUUUGUUUCUUCAUCCUCAAAGUGUACAUCUGGAUCUGCCUGUGUAUAAUGAUGGUUUCUAGCUUUUCCACGGCACACUACCUGUACAGACACAUAAGAAGCAUGGCGUGGGGCGGCAGCUACUUCUCCUGUCCAACGAUUCGAAGUCAGAUGAGAGUUACCAUCACUGGGAUCUCUCAAGCAGUACUCUACCUCCUCUAUGCCACUUUUUAUUUCUUUGAUGCAUUUACCUACAUAUUCUCCUCGCAAUUUCAUCUCAAUACUUGGGUCUCCUUCACAGUCACCUCCCUGUACUUAUCAGGCACCACGGUCAACUUGGGCAUUGGUCAGACUGCAUUCAAGCGAAGCGCUGCCGAUGUCUGGAAGGCACUCAAAGCACUGUGUGGGGUUGGCAUGGCAACAAAUGAUGUGAAAAUGCACUCCAGCCAGUUAACAUCAGGUGAAAUAGCUAAUACUGUAACUGUCGGUGUCCAAAUGUCAUUGCGUUGAUUACUGGAUGUACGAUAUGGUAGUGGUAGUGCUUGAAAUAUAUUUUAUACAGUGUGAGGUUUAAUUUGAUGAACUUGUGUUUUAUGGAAUAGCAAAUAUAAAUGUCUCAUUUUAGUCAAUAUAAUAAUUCACAUGAUGUAAAAAAAUGAUCCAUACACAGAGAAAAAACAUUGAGUAAUGACUGUGUACCUAUUUCUGUAUGAUUUCACAGUAGUAUGCUUCUUUGCAUAUUCUGAUUUGCGUGGGAUGCAAAUACUGGAGAGUUGCUACAUUGCACAGAGUUUA